AUGUCGAACACCACCGCCAGGAAUGCAGUCUCUAUCCACGGCACCAACCCACAGUUCUUGAUCGAGACGACGAUCCGAUACAGGAUAUGGGACAGCAACUUUUGGAAGGAGCACUGCUUUGCACUCACUGCAGAGUCGAUCAUCGACCGAGCAGUCGCACUGAACUACAUCGGCGGCACAUAUGGCGCUUCCAAACCGACCGAUUUCUUGAGCCUCACCCUCAAAAUGCUUCAGAUUCAGCCGUCCAAGGAGAUUGUGCUCGAGUACUUACGGGCAGAAGAAUUCAAAUACCUACGGGCGCUGGCUAUUUUCUACAUUCGGCUCACUUUCGACGCCAUGGAGGUCUACGAGAUCCUGGAGCCAUUGCUCGAAGACUACAGAAAGCUACGCUAUCGCCAACUAGACGGGAGCUAUUCCAUCAUGACCAUCGAUGCGUUUGUCGACUCGUUGCUCACAGAAGAGCGAGUGUGCGAGAUCCAGCUACCCCGAUUGACUCUACGGCGAGUAUUGGAAGAGACAGAAUCCUUGCCGUCGCGCAAGUCCCAACUCGGCAAGGCUAUGGCUCUCGAUGAUCUAUCGGAUGACGAGGCGCCGCGGAGGAGCCAGUCUGACGAGAGCGAUAGAUACAUAUCUCGCAGUCCCACGCCGGAGGAGGACGAAGUCAGGCCGCGCUACGUCUCGCGGACGCCCACCCCAGACGAUGACGACGAAGAUCGCUACAUCUCCCGCAGACCUGUGCUGACUUGGUGUCUGACAUGGCACAGCUCUUCAAAACGACAAACAAGCCUUCCGAGCCGCUCUUUUGACCGUCAAGCCGAUCUCGUCAUGUCUGCCGAUCUAGCGGGAUUCGCGGGCGGCAAGACCGCCGACGCAUCUCAGCCCAUCACCAACACGAUAGAGACAACUGAUGAAGCCAUGGAUCAGCCUUCCUCGAUGCCCUCCGAUAUUCGCAAGGCACAGACAGGUCACAAGUCUUCUCUUUCGCUGCACAUGCACCAUUCUGCUGCUUCGCCGUUUGAUGUCGGUUCGAAGAUGGACGUCAAAGAGUACAGGAGCCGCAAGGUUGCCCUCUUGACGGGUAUCACUGGUCAAGAUGGUUCAUACCUGACCGAGCUGCUGCUCGAGAAGGGCUACGAAGUACACGGCAUCAUCCGUCGAUCUUCGAGCUUCAACACCGGCCGUAUUGAACACAUCUACAAAGAUCCUCACGAGAGACCCAACAUGGUCCUGCACUACGGUGAUCUGGCUGAUACGACCAAUUUGGUCUACAUCGUCUCCACCGUCAAGCCGACAGAGAUUUACAACCUCGCUGCUCAAUCUCACGUCAAGGUCUCAUUCGACAUGGCUGAAUAUACCGGUGAUGUCGAUGGUCUCGGCACAUUGCGACUGCUCGACGCCAUCCGCACUUGUGGAUUGACGAACCACAUCCGCUUCUACCAGGCCUCUACUUCUGAGCUUUACGGCAAGGUAGUGGAGACACCCCAGACCGAGAAGACGCCCUUCUAUCCUCGAUCACCGUAUGGCGUGGCUAAGCUCUAUGCCUUCUGGAUCGUCAAGAACUACCGCGAAUCCUAUGGCAUGCACGCAUCGAACGGUAUUCUCUUCAACCACGAAUCGCCACGUCGUGGUCGUACCUUCGUGACGCGGAAGAUCUCGCGAGCAGUAGCAGAGAUCGUCAUCGGCACGCAGGAUUGCCUCUACCUCGGCAACCUCGAUGCCAAACGUGAUUGGGGUCAUGCAAAGGAUUACGUCGAAGGAAUGUGGCGAAUGCUCCAACAAGACCAGCCUGAUGACUUUGUUCUUGCAACGGGCGAGACCCAUCCCGUCAGAGAGUUCGUCGAGAAGGCCUUCAAGCAUGGCGGGAUCGAUAUCACUUGGGAAGGCAAGGGCGUCGAGGAAGUGGGCAAGGACAAAAAGACGGGCAAGGUGAUUGUGAGAGUUGACCCGAUCUACUUCCGACCUGCAGAGGUAGAACUGCUAUGGGGUAUGCCGACAAAGGCAGAGAAAGAGCUCGGAUGGAAGAGGAAGGUCGACUUUGAAGAUCUCGUCAAGGAGAUGGUCGAAGAAGAUCUCAAAGGAGCUCGUGUCGAUAAUCGCGAUUAG